AUGCCUUUUGUUCCCUUUACUGGAGUUAACCAUCAUCACCAAUCUGUGAUGUUUGGAUGUGCUUUGCUCGUAAAUGAAACGGCUGAAUCUUAUACAUGGUUGUUGAAAACAUGGCUUGAGGCAAUGCUUGGACGUGCUCCUUCUACAAUUAUCACAGAUGAUGACAAGGCCAUGGGUAAGCAAUUGCAGAGCACAAUCACAAUUGAAGAGUUUGAGAUGGAAUGGAGUGAAAUUGUAGGCAAGUAUGAGUUGGUAGAGAAUGAUUGGUUGAAAAAACUCUAUAUGCGGCGUGAAAAGUGGGUGCCGGCUUACUUGCGAACCACAUUUUGUGCUGGCAUGUCUACAACUCAACGGAGUGAGAGUAUGAAUAAGUUUUUUAAAGAUUAUGUUCGUUCGAGCACAAUGGUGAGUGAAUUUGUCUAUCACUAUGAAAAAGCCUUGGAUGCACGUUAUUUUAAAGAGAAACAAAAAGAUGUGAAGACAAAAACUUCUAGACCGAUUUUAAAAACAUGUUACAAGAUGGAAGUAGAGGCAGCAAAGGUUUACACAAGAGAGUCUUUUUUGAUAUUUCAAGAAGAGUUAUUUAACAGUCAAAAUUUCAAAUCAUCUAAACAUCGGGAAGAAGGAGGGACGAAGAUAUAUAGGGUGACUCUUCAUGGGAGAGAAAGUCCAUUUUAUGAAGUUUCAUUUGAAGUUCUUGAGAAGAAAGCUACUUGUACAUGUCAUAAGUUUGAAUUUGUUGGAAUUUUGUGUGCGCACAUUCUUCAAAUUUUUUUGAAAAAGUCUUUGGUGGACACUAUUCCCCAACAUUAUGUUCUAGAGAGAUGGACGAUCAAUGCCAAGAGUCGCAUUAUACAUGGCAUAUCUAGUGAUGAUAUACAAGUAGAAACACAAAAUUCUUCCACCUUGAUGAGAAAUAGCUUGAUGUUGCAAUUUUAUGAAGUUGUCGAAGUGGGGUGCCAAUCAAAAAGAAAAUAUGAACAUCUUGGCAUUGGUUUACAAAAGCUUCAUCACGAGCUUUUGAUAAUGGAUGAUGGUAGUGAUAAAGAUAUAAAUGAUGCUAAUGAAGGAAGAGCCGAAGAUCUUGUGUUAAACAACCAAGUACUAUCAAACCUUACAUUCACUUUGCAAGAUCCUCUACAUGUUCGAUGUAAAGGAGCACCCAAAUCUGUGAGACAAAAAAAUCCAAAAGAAAAGCAAGCAAUGACGAAAAGGACAUGCUCCAUUUGCAAGAAAACAGGGCAUGUGAGAACCAAUUGCCCUUCACAUAAGCAAACAAGGAAUAUUGUGAAUGCCAAUAUGAGGCCAGCUUAUUUGGAGUUGAUAGAUGAACAAAGUUUAGUAAAGUGCUCUUUGCCAACUAUGGAGUAUCCCUCUGCAAAUACAUUUGCCAUGUCUCAAGAUCCUGUUUGUUUAUCUACUACAAUUGAUAUUGGUGCAGACAACAUCAACGCCUAUAAAAUUCCUUAA